GCGUAAUUAAUAUUCAUUAGGCAAAUUCGUGCCUGGUUUAUUCAAUCGAUAAGAACGAUCUUCCGCUGUCUGGACGCGUUGUGCAAGCUUUUUUGAAGAUAUUAUGUAAUAUUUAUACGAACAUGGAAGAGGAAGCCUGCAACAAUUUCAAAUCCUUAAGGGCAAAGUUUCAAGAAGAGAUCCAGGUGAGGUGCAGACCUGAGGUCCCUGAGAGACCCAAACGCCUCCCAAAAUCUGCCAUAAGCCGCUCUGGUCUGAUAACCAUGAGCCUUUGUUCAGCUGUGGAAACCAAGACCGCCAGUCAACCCCGGGUCAUUGUGAGAGAAGACCAGAAAACACCUUCAGGAAAACACCCUGUAUGUUUCCCAAGCACAACAUCUGGAGAUGGGCCCAACAGGCAGUCACUUAAAAUGUGGCAUUUGCCCCUCGUGUUGCCGCUUUCAAGCGAGCCAAAGCAUGAUUCUUCCGCACCUCCUUCAAAGAGCAUCACCUCGCCUCUUAAAUGCAUCAUGAAACCAAUUCCUACACCUUUCAGCUCGACCAGAGUUUCACUGUGCGCUAAAGAAAUUGGCAAAAAUGGUCUGGGGCGUGUGAAAAACAGUGGCACUUUUAAUGUUCAGAUGCAAGAGUCCACCGUAAAGACUGCAAGUACAGAAGCCGUGGAGGCCCAGCAGGCUAGGGUGUCAAAUCCUGGAUUGCUGGAUCAUUCAGCUUCACCAAAUGAGUCGCUGACAGAUUCGUCUUCUGGCAGUGUUACGCAUUUCUUUGACCAGCAUGUCCUGAGCACACUAGAGAAAGCCAAGAGGAAGCUCUGUCAGAGGAACCUGUUGGUGUGUGGCAGACCAAAGGGCUUCUACUCCAGUAAAGCACAAGCGCAGCACGCAGAAAGCCCUCCAUCGCCUACUGAAUCUGAGAGUUGUCAGAAGGUUAAUGGAGUAUCACACAGCAGCAUCUCUGUAAUGGAGCUCGGUGGAGUCAUGCAGCCUCAGAAAGCAUGCAAACCUCUUCCUGACCUGGCAUCCUUAGGCCCUACACCCUUAAAGCCACCUAGACCCCCACAUGUGGAUCUGAGCAAAUAUAAGACUGGAUUUCAUGUCUGUGAACCAAGCGAAGCACUUACUGUUGAAUCUGUGCCCGAGCCUGAGAUUGUGGCCACUGCUAAUGCAUCACUUGAGGACGCAAGCGUACGCGUACCUCCCCCCGAAUUUCCAGAUUUUGACAUUUCUGCACCAGAAGCCACAGACAGUAAUGCUAUAAACCUGGAUUUAGGGGCCACGGAGUUUCCAGAGUUUGAUUCGUUGCCUCCACCUCCACUGACAGAUGAAGACGGUGGCCUGCAUUCACAGGCUUUUUUGGUCCAGCAUUGUCCGGGUCAUUUUGGUCCAAAGAACAUGCAGUCAGAAGACGCUCUGAGUCAGUCCUCCGAGGAAAUGAGAAAAGUAGGGACCCUGGCGUCUAAUACAGAAUCAGUGACCUCUGACCUGAGACUGAAUGGAUCACACACGGCCUUCAACCUGAGCAGUGAACACCAGCUUCCAUCAGAACCAAUGUCUUCUCAACAAGAGUGUUUCCAUGAAACCUUUGAUAAUGUUUAUGAGGAUGUGGAAACAGUCCCCAGGUUUUCUUUUGCUCAAAGCUCUUAUAAGUGUAAAGGAGCUCCUAAGAAUCCGUAUGCUGAUAACAGCCUUGUGAAAGAAGAAACAUGGAGGAAUAUAUGGCAUGUCACUCAAUGGUCUAAUGCAGCUGACGAUCAAAAUGGCCAACAUGAUAGAAAGAAGCAGCUGAGCCCUGAACAUCUUGAGGAUAAAGAGCAGAAGAAGAAAGAGAGGCAGCGUCUGGAGAAGGAGAAGAAAGAACAGAAAGAGAAGGAUAAAAAGAGAAAUGAAAUGCACAAGAAAUUUAAAAUCACUGGACUGGAAGAGCCCAUGUAUCACGCCAGAGUGCUGGCGGACAGCAAACUGCGAAAGUACGACCUUCCCGUCAAAAGUGGGGAUCUCAUCAGCAUCAUCCGAACAGUCAACUGCCCCAAGGGCAAAUGGCUAGCCAGAGACACCAACAACAGAUAUGGCUACAUAUCUGUGAUGAACGUGGAGUUGAACAUUAAGGAGAUGCUUGAGCUCGGAAAAAAGGUAUCACAGGCCGCCGGACGAGGCCAAACCGAUGGAGAUAACAUUAGUAUCAGCAGCAGGUCCUCUCAUCAGAAUCCUGUGCUUACAAGUAGCUUCACUGAUGACAGCGAGGAAUGGAUGUAUGAAGAAGAUGACACGUUGUCGCUAUCUGCUGAAAAUGUGAGUCAGAUCAAAGCGGUCUCUAUGCCUGAGAUGUUUGAUAGCAGCUCUUCUGCUCAUCAUCCUUUCAGUGACUGGAGUAUUGAAGACACCCAGACACAGUGAGUAGUUUGAUGCUACAGAUC